UUUCUGCUCUGCUGUACGUGACAACAUUACAGGAGAAAUGACGUUUAAUGAAGAUUACCAGUUGCUAGUCAAGGGCCUUUCUGAGCUGGACUUCAUUGCAAAUGCUGUACCUUGCAAGCUGCUCCUAACUGGAGACUCUGUGUUCCCUGUGCUGGUGACCCCUUCAGGAGAUGUGCUCAUCGCUGCUUCUCGCUAUGGGAAGGGUCGAGUGGUGGUUGUGGCUCAUGAGGCUUACCUGAACAACUCAAACCUCUUGGACUUCAUGAAGAAUGCAGUGUCCUGGCUGAAACCCUCAGCAGAAGCUGUAAUUGGAGUAAACAAGAAUCUCCACCUUCUGUCCAAGUUACUCUGUGACAAUGGAUGCACAAUUAAAACCAUUCCUGAUGAUACCCAAGGUUUGGGUGUUAUGUGUAUGGAUGGCUAUAACGACAGCCAGGCUAAAGACAUCAUCUCCUUUCUGCAGGAGGGGGGAGGUCUAUUAAUUGGAGCUCAGGCCUGGCACUGGUCCAGCUGUAAUAAAAAUAAGAAUGUUUUGUUCGAUUUUCCUGGAAACAAGAUAAUAUCAGUGUCUGGCAUUUACUUUCUCAAUAAAUAUGGAGAGAAAGGGAAAUUUAGUGUGAGUAAAGACAUCCCACGCUGCCCAGUUAACACUGAUGUGAACUUCUCAACUGAUCUGAAAGAUCUUCUAAGAGGUGUGUCCAUACUAGACAUCAGUGGACCAAGUAUCCCAUCACAAUUACUGCUUCAUGGGCCUCUGACAUUUCCGAUUGGACUGAAUGAUUCAAACCAAUGUUUCUUGGCUGCUGCAAUUUAUGGAAAAGGACGUGUUGUCGUGGUAUCACAUGAAAGUUAUCUCAUGGCACCAGAGCUCAAAACAGUCAUAUUAAAUGCUAUAUCAUGGCUUGACUCUGGCAAAAAGAGAAAUAUUGGUGUUAACAAAAACAUGGGAUUUCUGAAUGAGAGAUUACAGCAAGAAGGCAUCAAUUCUAGAGUAUCAGACGUAAUCCCUGGACUUGAUGUCUACUGCUGUAAUUCCUACAAUGACACUGAGGCAGAAUGUAUCAAGAAGUUUGUGGCUGAAGGAGGUGGCCUUCUUAUUGGUGGGCAAGCAUGGUAUUGGUCUAUCGUAAAUCCAAGCAAAAAUGCUCUUUUGAAAUACCCAGGAAAUAAAAUCUUGAAUACAUUUGGGAUUAGCAUUCUAGGUAAAACCACAUCCAAGGGUGUCUUUAAGGCUAUAGAUCCUGAGGCAGCAACAAACUGUUAUCAUUUUCCAAGAGCGUUUUCCCAGCUUGUGAAGAAUCUACAGGAUGGUGUAGAACUGAAACCUCCUCUCAGCUCCUGGCUGAAUAAUCUAAAAGAAGAUGCCUCCAGUUUCAUGAGUUUGCCUUCCUCCCCUCUUGUUCUCUCAGUGCAGCGAGAAUGUGUGUGCCAAGUAAAGAGAUGUGGGAUCCCCAAAGUGAGCCAGACGUGCCCUGUGAAAAACAACUCUAAAGAUGGUUUACUCCUUCAAUUGGCAGAAGAAAUCUGGAGUUUCAGCCAAGCGAACACCCAAGUUAUUGAUAACUUUCCUUUUCAGAAGGAACCUUCGGUGACUGUGCAUAUUGAUGGAACUAAUCCAGGUGCAGAUGCAUGGAGAAGCACUGGGCUUUACCUGCCUCCUGAAAAAACAGCAGCACUUGUGUUUCCCGAUUCUGUUAUUGAUAAAGGUCUACAGGUUCAGGUUGGCUGUCAAACAGAUGAUCUAAGCUCUGCAGAGAAAUUGUGUCGAGCUCCAGUGGUUGUAAAGAAAGCACUGGUUCCUAGUAAGAAGAUGUUCAUAUCCUGUGUUUGGGGUGGACUCUUAUACAUCAUUGUCCCGGCAAAAAGCCGUCUAGGGACUAUCUCUGUUACUGUAUAUGGGGCAGAACCAGCUCCACUCUAUAUAAAGGGAAAGACCAGUGUCUCAUCGUGGCUGGAAACCAUCCGUACUCUUCCAGCUCCAUGGGCUGAGCUAGUUACAGAGAACAUCAUACUGACUGUACCUUCAUCUGCAACCCGCUCCCUUAAUGACCCGGAAGACUUGCUGUCUCUAUGGGACAAGAUCAUGGAGGCAGUCGCUGAGCUAGCAGCAAUUCCUAAGAAACUUCCAAGGCCGGAGAGGAUUGUUGCAGACGUACAAAUAUCAGCUGGUUGGUUGCAUUCCGGUUACCCUAUUAUGUGCCACUGGGAAUCAGCAGGGGACCUGUUAAACAUUGAGAGUAUAAGGAAUACUGGACUUUGGGGACCCAUACAUGAGCUUGGACACAAUCAACAGAAAUGGUAUUGGGAGUUCCCCUCACAUACCACAGAGGCCACAUGUAACUUAUGGAGUGUGUAUGUUCAUGAAACCGUUCUGAAAAUCCCAAGAAAUCUAGCUCAUGGAUCAUUACAGCCAAAAAGCAGGGCUGAUAAAAUCAAGCAAUAUUUAGAAAAUGGGGCCAACCUAGAGAAGUGGCAUGUUUGGACAGCAUUGGAGACUUAUUUACAGCUGCAAGAAGGCUUUGGAUGGGAUCCAUUCAAGCAUUUAUUUGCAGAGUACCAGGCUAUGUCAGGUAUCAGCAAUAAUAACAAGGACAAGAUGAAUCUGUGGGCGGUGAAGUUCUCUGAAGCUGUGAACAGAAACCUGACUCCAUUUUUCAAGGCCUGGGGAUGGCCAAUUGAUGAUAAAACCUGUGCCAAAUUAUCUGGCUUACCUGAGUGGAAGGAGAAUCCCAUGACACCAUAUCUCUCAGAGAUUAAAGCAUGAUCAAAUAAACUUAAUUAUACCGUGUUAGUGUUAACAGACUCUUUAUAGUGCUCCCAAUUCCUGUUGACCCUUAAAAUGAUACUAAAACGUAGUGUUUCUAAAAUCAUCGAUCAAUGAUUUCUGUAGUUAUUCCUGCAUACAGGAAGGAUGUUUGUAAUUAAACAAUAUAUAUUGCAUUACAUAUUCCUAUGAACAACUGCUUCAAAAUAAAACACAGUGUUUUCGAUCUGAUCAGCAAUAUGUGCUUUGUUUUUAAAUAUGCAAUUUAUCUAAUUUUCAAUUAUGCACAGAUUAUAUAAACUACUUUCUCCUUCACCAAAAUCUCUUCUUAUUCUGAACUUUACAAACAUCAUGCCUGGAAUGAAUGGCCUUAGGCAUUCUACUUCCAGAGUACAAGAACAAGAUGCUCCCCGUACCCGUACCAUCCAUCAAAACCCAACUCCCGCAUAGUCACUUAACACAUUCAGUAGAACAUAAAAAUAUAAUUCUCUCUGCCCUAAAUUUGAUUUCUCACUUUCCUCACUUCUGUCAUCCCUUAUUGAUUCAUUGUUCAUUCUCCACUUCCCUUAUUCCUCCUCCUAUAUUUGUGCUCGUCUCUCCAUAUC